CGAUUGCUUCUGUUGAUGCAAUGUCCCAUCUUGUGCUGCGGGAGAUAGAGAUAGAGAUAGGUGACAUUAAUGCAUCCCUCGUCAUUUUUCUUAUGGAUAUCUCAUCCAGGGAGACGUCGUAAGGGUUCAAAUGAUGUGGAUAAGAGGUACAACAAAAGGUCGAAACUGUAUCGCGACAAGGCGUGGACUCUCGACUGGGUCGGAGUGGCCGGCGAGUCCGGGUGCGGUGCUGCUGUGUUUUUGACGGAGGACGAAGGGGCGACCUGGUACUGUUGUGGUGGCAUCAUCAGGUCUGAAAUUGACAAGGCAACGACGGAGAAGGGCAAGGUCGACGAGCGAGAAUUGAGGAAGUUCUUCCUCACUUCGGUGUACGAUGAGCAGGGUGCCGACUGGGUCAAGRCUGACCACAAGGUCAGCCUCGACCUCGCUCUGUUCAAGKUGUAUGGUCAGAAGGCAUUCGCUAUGAAAGCCUUCGGCGGCAAUCGAGAUGGGAAUGCCUUGAAGAUGCUCUUACCCAUUGAAUUCCUCAGCAAGACCAACGGGUAUAGGAAAAGUGGUCAAUUCUUGACGGUCGCCGCUGGUCACCAGCUCUCGUUACCUCUUGUCCCGUUCGAUGCUCCUGUCGAGAGUCUCGCAGGCUUAUCAAUGUGCUCUAGCGAUCGGCGGCAGGUCGUGUCGACACCGCAACAACCUGCCGGCGGGAAGCAGAAAGUCAUUACUUACCAGAGGCGUUCGGGCGGUGGUCCAUCGGGAAACCUUCCGAAGAAGAAAGGGCUCCCCAUACCUCCUUCGGAUCUUCCUGGACGCUCGCGUUCUGGUGCCAUCUCGCGCUUGCGGGACACCACUCAACGUGGAAUGGACGAGGAGUCGGACGAAGAAACGGAAGAAGACGAACGGGUUCAGCGAAUGCAAUCGCGGUUGUUAGCGACACCUCGGCACAUCCAGGGCGAAGGCUCUUGCGAUGUGAAUGUGGGGCGGGAAGCUGGUGGAGGUGCCGAAGCCCAAGUGAGGGACGAUGGGGAAUACGACGAGGAUGAAGGGGAGUGUGGUACUGGAGAGCGCCGAGAACAGGUUGGAGGAGGGGCAGACCAUAUGGAGUGGGAAAAGGUUGCGGCGGACGGUGGGGUGGGCGGUGGUGUUGUGCGUGGUUCGGAAAUGGGAGACGAGGAAUUGGAAGACGAAGGAGAAGACGUGGAUGCUUCCGCGGGGCUUGGUUCCAUGGGGAGGGGAAAACGUACUGCACAAUCGUCGCCAAAGCCUGCUGCGCCUAAGAAACAGGCUCGAAGAAAAGAUGUGGACGAAGCUCGGGUCGCCUUGGAUGCAUCUCAAGGGACGCUUGGUGACGUCGAUGUGAAAUGCAAAUCAAGUGCUCGGAUUCGCAAAACGUCACAACCCAAGAAACCCAUGCGGCCAUCAAGGCGUCACAAAUCGGACGACUCCAGCGACGAUGCUGAAGGCAUUCUUCCAAUUUCGGCGGGAGAUAUAGCCUUCAACCAGCGAUCGCUGGACUUGGUCAUCGUUGCAGGCAUCGAUGCGGCAAUCGAGACAUCAACUCGUCCAAGGUCCGCGGAUGAUCCGGCCCCGUGGGAUCCACUGGAGCUGGUGCUGGCUCCGAUUAUGCCAUCGCUUGAGCAUUCGGACAGCCAAGGGAUACGAGUCCUUCCGCAGUACUUCAAUCCCGAUAGGACAGGCGAGUAUUUCUAUUACCCGGUUGCCGGUCAACAUACUUCCGAAGCUAUGAAAAGAGCAGUGGCGAGGAAAUCUGAAGCUGUUCAAGUGUUCGGCUUUCGGAAUUAUGAUCGUGUACGGAUUAUUUAUUUCAACGACGACCACACGAACGGGUACGUGUAUGUUUCGACAUACGACAACACGAGAGCUGAUCGUGCUAUGUUGCCAUCGUUCCACCAAGCCUGCGAGGACAUCAGAGGAUUUUGGGACUUGAAGAAACGGAUCGAGCCAGUGGGGAACAUGUCCAAAGGGGAUCCCACCAGUGUGGCGCACCAAGAAGAGUGGAGGAAAUUUUUGAGACUUUGCAUGGGGAAGUCAUGUGAAAAAUCGUUGUGGACGGAGUCGUUGUCUCCGAAGUGGCAAACGGACUGGACGAACAGAAUGAGGGGAUACAUGAAUGUUGCCAUAUGCAAGGACAGGAUAUGGCCAUUGGUAAAGGAGUUUUUUCAGAAGUUCGAGGCGGGGGAGUUGCCGCUACACGACAACAAAUGCCCGAAGGACUUGCCGGGGAAGCAGGAAGGGCGGUUGUCGGGCCAAUUCACUGAAGAGGUGCAGGGGAAGAAGGAGGUGUUCCGUUGCAUAGCGGCUAGGGACAGGGGACCGAACGCUACGGUGUCCUUCAAAGAUCUCUACGGAAACUUGCAAGCCGACUACAAGGACCCGAUGACGGUCGUUCUGCAUGCCGAGGGCGGCGACCUCAGGAAGGUCACGAGGAUCCCUAGGUCGGAGGCGGAGCUAGUGGAGCUUCACGUUGAGGAGGAGAAGUUCAAGAGGUGCACAGCAAAGCACGGCGACGAUGAAGGAAACGAACGACAGGAAUAUGGGCGGUGGGAACGACAUCCGACACGGAUGCAGAAGCUAUGUAGUUCAUUUCUGCAUGAGGAUCAGGAGGUGUUACUUAUCGGAAAACCACAUGCUGGACUUGUGUGGGAGCUUCUGCGCGCGGGCUAUCAUGUUUUUGCAUGCGACGGGUCGUCCAAAGACAUCUCGUACUUGACGAAGGCCAUCGACAUUCUUGGAAAGGACGCAAGAAACGAUUGCACGGUUGAGAGGCAGAAGACGAUGCAGUGCCCAGACAGAGAUAUGUACCACAAGCUCGGCAAGAAGAGAAACAAAAUGUGGGACUAUCUGUUCCAAGGCCAACCCAAAUCGCCAUUCGAGAAUGACUACAUAGUUCGCAAAGCGAUGGCACAGGAAGCGUAUGGUGGCUACCAUAAAGCGCAGGUGGGUGCGUUUGCAAUGUUCGUGGCGAGAUGUGAACAAAUGAGGUUCGCAGCCAAUCAGGCUACGCUAUCGUACGAUGAGUACAACAAAAUCGCCAAAACAACCGAUUCAUGGAAUCCGAUAGAGAGCGACGAGGAGACCGAAACAUCGAACCUUGAAAUCGAAGAGCGAGUGAAACGUUUGCGAGAGGGAAUGCAGAGUGUGCCAGCAUGCAGCGUGCCGAACGAGAAUCGAGAAGAAGGUCUUACGAAAUCGGGAGGUGCGAGCAGUCCAACACGUGACGUGACCGACAGGGCGAGUUCCGUCAGUGAACAGCCGUACUUCAUUGAAGACAAGGUGCCAGAAACGACGUUUGAGAAGUGGGGACACCACAUUUUGUGGCACACAGACGUAUUCGAGCCAUGCAUUUUCAAGGGGGAGUGGAUGAUGGCACUGCAUCUAACAUCAGGAUGGAAAGUCAAAGCCAGACUGGCAGAAGUACCGUGGCUGAAAGUGAAGAAGCGCGAAAUCGUAUUCCGUGUCAAGUGCGAAAACGAUGGAGCGGACGAGGCGGCUAUUGAGCAGAAGGCUCAAUUGCUAUUCAAUUUUCUGCACGCCAACAAUCAGCUGGAAUACAAACACAAGUUCUAUGAUUUGCCGUCAAGCCGGUCAUACAAGACCAUCGAUUGGAAGAUCGAACUUCCUGCAUGUCAAGGCAUCGAGACAAUCUAGUUGGGAUGCUCACAGCUUGGGGGCCGGUCGACGACACACUUUGCUGCCAGUGUCGGGGAAGCGAUGAGUCAAACUAAUGUCAAGAUAAUGAGGGUGGACAAGGGAACACGGAAUGUCGAUAAAGAUCCUUCGAACGU